AUGGAAGUGAAUGGUGAACCAGAUAUAGCUGGUAUUUUCAGCGCGGCUUUAAUGCCAUUGAAAGAUAUGAAAGAUGCAGAUAUUUUGAACCAGUAUGAAAUGAACAUGGCUGAUGGAAAUAUAACACCUGACGUUCUAGAACAUUUAUCUCAAAGAACUACACAGAACCAUAAAGAUGGUAUAUUUGGUGAAGAGUUUAGAAAGAAAGUUAGGGAGAGAGAAGGAAGAGAACCUAUUGUACAUGACCUUGCAAACGAAAGUUUACAAAAUGUCAUAAAAACUUACUUUGCAGACAAUGAACCGAGAAGGGAUGAAUAUUUAAGAAAACUCAAAUGGACAGUACCAAAUGAAAUGUUAGUAUUGAAAAACAUGUUCCUUGACAAAAUAAAACCAACUACAGAAAUAAAUGACGCAAGACUGAAACAUUGGGUAAAAGCUUUCCCAUUCACAAAAGAUAUUAUUGGUAACAUGGAAAGAAAACCAGAAUGGCUACAAAAACAUAUAUUUGGAAACGAGCUUAUUCCAUAUGGACAAGCUCUGUUUGAAGAGCUUGAACCGGAAACUCAGGAAAGAGUCAUGCAAACAAUACGCGAAGACUCAAAUACAAACUAUGACAAAAUCUUUCUAGGAUAUAGGUUACCUGAGAUGGGCGACCAGAGCCCAAAGGCAAAAAGGACAUGGGAAAUUUACAACAUACUAGGUGAACAUGAGGCAAAGAUGCAACAACUUGAAGCAGAGGGCAAGUUACCAAAAGCGACACCAAAGAAGAAGAGAAGAGUAGAACAAAGUGAAAGUAGUGAAGAAGUAACUUCAUCUAGUGAAAGUAGUGGCAAUGAAGGAAAAAGAAGAGUUAAAAACUCAGUCAGGAAGAAAGUAAAGCUUGGUCCGAGUGGGUUCUAUUAUGAUAUAUAA